UCAGCAGCGGAUUCACAUUACACAGUUGGAAAUUUAUAAAAAAAUUUAUUUUUCAGAGCAGGGCUUUACUGAUUUUACCAUCAGAAUUCACAAAUCAAAAGCGUUUAUUUGCUUGAUGUUGUAAAAUUUUGAUGAAAGUGAAUUGCGCGGACUAAAAAUGUGAAUUAUUAUUUACAACAAAAACAAACACAGUCCAUCUCGCCUCACUGUCAACACAUUAAAUUUUGGGCUUUUGAUGAAAAAUUCACUUCAAGACACACCAAAGACUCAAAGUUAUCCGAUUUUCCAAUCUCAAAAGGUGAUGAAUGAAGCCAAAGGAGGCGGUGGGAAGACGGCAGGUCUCUUGGCGCAGUGGGCCUCGCACCAUUAUUCGGCACCGUCGGCGCAUCAGGCGCCUCGGACAGGCUCGAACAAUGCUCACUCCGCAACGCAUAACGUUCAAGAUGGGCUUUUGAUGAGAACUAAGGCUGAAUGGGAGAAGCAGCAACAAGCGGCGGCGGCGGCUGCUAUGUGCUUUUGGGGUUACUCGGAACAAAGUCACUUUAUGUUGGGCAGCAAGACUGAUAGAAGUUCGAGCACUUUGAGUCAAGAUCCCAUCAAUGUUCCGAGAGUUUCCAACAGAGGGCAAAAUCUUCCCAAGAAAAAGCAGCAUCGCUCGCCGUCCUCGUCAACAAUGGAAGAGAAUCUUGCCGGGCCUUCAAAGCCUUUUCCUUGCGAAGAUUGCGGCAAGUGUUUCCGGCAGCACUCUCAGCUUUCCACCCACCAGCGCAUCCACACAGGCGACCGGCCUUAUUUGUGCAACGAGUGUCCGAAGGCGUUUCGAACUCAGGGUACGCUUGCAAUACACCGAAGGAUCCACACUGGCGAAAAGCCGUACAGUUGCGAAGAGUGCGGACGGUGUUUUCGGACGCAAGGGACUUUGGUGAUCCACAGACGGACGCACACCGGCGACCGGCCGUACAAGUGUCAAGACUGCGGAAAAGCGUUUGCGGCGAGAUGCAGUCUCGUCGUGCAUUGGCGGACGCACACUGGAGAAAAACCUUAUAUGUGCACCGAGUGUGGAAAACUUUUUGCCAGCAGGUCGGACUCGGCGCGCCACACAAGAACACAUCAGGGCGGCGCCUCCGGUAAAAAGUCCCUCAUUCGACGAGUGAUUCAAGGACAUCCAGCUCUUUGAUUCAUUCAUUGUUCAAUUUGUGCCAAUUUAUUUUUUUUUGUUGGUGACUAAUUUGUUUCUGCGAGUGAUAUAAAAUUUUUAGGUCUUGAUUUAAUUUCUUGUCAUGAAUUGUACAAUAAACGAGAAUUUUCUUAAA